ACACAGCUUCUUCCUUCCUCAGCUUCAGCACCAAGAACAGCAGCAUCGGCGGCGGCAGAGGCUCAGUGCCCACCGUGCCAGGGACUGGAAAUACCCGGGCAUCUGUGCAAAACUUGUGCUGCACUUGUGUGUCCGGGGAUGUGCUGCCCCAUGCACUAGGACUGCCAGACCUACACCUGCCGGACUCUCCACAUCUCCAAGGUGUCUCACCUACCCCCAGCACCCCCAUACUCCUUCCAUCUACUCAUCCCACCUCCUCUGCCUGCAAGUCAGCCUGGCUCCAAGUCACGUGUCAGUGCCCAAGGCAGACACCAAGAGAGAGAAGCUCCUCAAUCCUCCUUGUGGCACCGCCAUACUGUAUUUUACUCCUAAUAAUCCCCUUUUUAUUGCAUCCCUUUACUCCCACAGGGUUAUUUUGGGAAAUAGAGUCAAACCUCAGUUGAAUUAAACUGGAUUCUCAAGUAAAAAAGUUCUAACAAGUGGGGAUUCCAAAAAGCUGACCAGAGAUAUUUACAAUAAUGACUGGCAAAAUACAGACUAGCAACAUCACAAACAAGAAUGAUCCGAGGUCAAUCAACUCCAGAGUUUUCAUUGGUAACCUUAACACGGGCAUUGUGAAGAAAAGUGACAUUGAAGCAAUAUUUGCAAAAUAUGGAAAAAUAGUUGGAUGCUCAGUACAUAAAGGAUAUGCAUUUGUACAGUAUGUCAGCGAAAGGCAUGCAAGGGCAGCGGUGGCAGGAGAGAAUUCCAGGAUUAUUGGGGGUCAACCACUAGACAUCAACAUGGCUGGUGAACCAAAACCGUAUAGACCAAAAUUAGGAAGUAAAAGGCCAAUUUCUUCUUUAUACAGCACUUAUGAGUUUGAUUAUGAUUACUACCGAGAGGAUUUCUACAAUCGGUUGUUUGAUUACGGUCAUGGCCGCGUUCCACCUCCUCCCCGCGCUGUUAUCCCCUUAAAGCGUCCCCGUAUCACCGUGCCAGCAACACGCAGAGGCAAAGGCGUUUUCUCUUUGAAAGGAGGAUCAAGAACUGCUUCAACUGCUUCCUCCUCUAAAUUGAAAUCAGAUGAGCUGCAAACCAUCAAGAAGGAGCUGACCCAAAUCAAAACCAAGAUUGACUCUUUACUGGGAAGACUGGAAAAGAUUGAAAAGCAGCAGAAGGCUGAAGCAGGUCAAAAGAAGCAUUUAGGCGAUCAUGCAGAUUUGGCUCCAGAAGAGUGCAAGUCGGAGACAGCUGAAAAUUCCAUUGAGGAGCAUGCUGAAGGAGGACAUGACGCAGAUGGGGAAGAGAUGACAGAUGGGAUAGAGGAAGAUUUUGAUGAAGAUGGCAGCAAUGACUUGACCCAGAUUGCAAACAAAGCUGGAGAAAACAGAAUGGAAAAUCACGUAUCAGACGUUGAAGAUACAAGUAACUGAAUUCAGAUUUCUGGUACAGUCCUGGGUAUUGUGAGAAGAAAAUGCCAUUUCUUUAAUGGUUCUCAAACCCUGAAGAAGCAUCGACUUUCUCUGAAUAUUGAUUUCCUCUUACGUUUUCCAAUUGUAUUACAACAUUGUUUUAUUAUUUAGGUUGUCAAGGUGUUUUUCAUUUUUUUUUUUUUUCAUUUUUUCACGAUUUUCAGACUGUUGUGUUAAUAUUAUAAAUAAUGUUUCAUGCAGUUGAGGGAUCAUUUAGAAAGAGCAUUAUGAAAUUGUACACAUAUGUAAAUUUGUAUGAGCCAUUUUUUUUAUGAAUAGGACAUGGUUGUCUCUUCCUGCAGUGGAAUUUGGAUUGUGUGUGCAUCCUUAUUGUUUGUGCGAAAAUGGAUGUAUACUGUAUAUAAGUACAUUUGCACUUUUGUGCUUUAUUCACACAUUUAAUAAUUUUACUGUAAAUUAAAUUGAUAUCAGCCUUUCCUGUUAAAGGGAUUGUCCACUUUUUGCAGUAUUGCUUUCUUAAAGGUGGGCUCUACUGCAUCAAAACUUCUCCCCUAUCCAUGGGGGUCCGACCACCGAGACCUCCUGGGAUCUCUAGAACGGGGCCCCUUAUCUCCCUGUUCAUGGAGCCAGUGUGUCUAUAGGAGUGCUGGAGAUACACAAGCGCUGUACUUGGGUAUCUCUGGUGCCCACACAGACAAUGCAUGGAAUGCAUGCCAACACACCGCUUCAUGCACAGGGAUCGACAAGUUAUUGUGGCAGAGGGGUGAGCUCACCCCCUUCCCUUAAGACAAUUAGGGAAUUAGUUUUAAAGUAGUGGAGUACCCCUUUAAGAAUCUAAAAGAAAUUGUUAAACUCCAACACAGCGCCACCACUGGAAAGAUAUAGAAUUACAUGUGGUUUAUUGAAACAAUACCUGCUUUCCUCUCUGGCUAAUAGAUAAAGGGUAAUUUGGAGAGACUUUAGCCCAAGUCGAAGUUUGUAUAAUGAAAACCAAAAAACAGCAGUAAAAGAAGUAUAAAAUGUGCUGCUUUUUCAGUAAUAAUGUGGUCUAUAAAUGUCUAUGAAAAAGCAUAAUUGCACAUAUUGUGUGGAAAAAAAAACGCAGUCAUUCCAACAAUGGAAUUACUGACCUUUUUUUUUUUAAACUGUGUGUACUGACAGAUGCUUUCCAUAGACUUUUAUAGAGCACAUUACUUAAAAAAAGCAGCACAUUUUAUACCUAGAUUACUGCCUCUUUUUUGGUUUUUAUUUUACAUUGUGUGAACUUUGCCUUAGAGGGUAUAUGAAAAUGGUUCUUAAACAUUGACCUUUAAUAUGUGGUGUUCUUUACAUCUGUUUUUUUUUAUUUUUUUAUGUUUACACUCUUGUACCUGGUGGUUGGUAUUUUAACAAAAGGGAAAUUUAUAUUAGUAAAUAUAUGAGAUACACUUCUGUUUUCUUUUUAUAUUGUAAAACAUAAUAAAAAUAAAUAACUACUUCCAUAGUUCCUGAGUGGCUAGUUUUAAUAAAUGAAAGGAAUGAAUGAAUAAAUAUAUUUACAUGCACACCUUAAAUUGUUACAUUUUUCCUUUUGGAAUUUUGUAUUUCUUUUCAGAUGUAUUAAAGGGGUACUCCGCUGGAAUUUUAUUAUUUUUUUUUU